AGACAUCUCCUAGGGUUUUACUUGACCCAAUAGAGCAAGGCAUUUUUUCUCCUCUUCGGCCGUCGUAGCAAUUUGCCCUUUGUGCUCGCUCGUCUGCUCCUAUCAAGGAUGGAAUCUGCCACAAAGCAUGCUAUUGUGGUGAAAGUGAUGGGUCGUACUGGAUCCAGAGGACAGGUAACUCAGGUGAGAGUCAAGUUUCUUGAUGACCAGAACAGGUUUAUCAUGAGAAACGUCAAGGGGCCUGUCAGAGAGGGUGAUGUUUUGACAUUGUUGGAGUCUGAGAGAGAGGCUAGAAGGUUGCGUUGAAGGGGCACAUUUUUGAAUUCCAUAUGGAUCUGGUUUGAGUAUUAUACUGUCCUAAAUUUUGUUAUAGUCUUUAAUGUUAUGUUUUGUUUUUGCAAGACUUGGUUAAUUGUGGACAAGUAUUUUAGUGCCAAGCUCAGUUGUUUUGGUGAUGUUUGUAACCCAUGACGGUUGAGUAAUUUUGGUGGUAUUGCAAGUUUUGGUAAUAUUUUAUGAUCAUUCGUA